AUGGAAGGGUCCAUUCAACUCCUGGCCUGCUUGGUGUGUGUUGUCCCCAUGGGAUCACUCGUGAGAACUAAAAGAGAUACUACUGGGAAUUUGCUCAACACAGAGGUGCACAGCGUGCCCGCGCAGCGCUGGUCCAUGCAGGUGCCGUCCGAGGUGAGCGCGGCGGCUGGCGACGCGGCGGUGCUGCCCUGCACCUUCACGCACCCGCACCGCCACUACGACGGGGCGCUAACGGCCAUCUGGCGCGCGGGCGAGCCCUACGCGGGCCCGCAGGUGUUCCGGUGCGCGGCGGCGCGCGGCAGCGAGCUGUGCCAGACGGCGCUCAGCCUGCACGGCCGCUUCCGCCUGCUGGGCAACCCGCGCCGCAACGACCUGUCGCUGCGCGUCGAGCGCCUCGCCCUGGCCGACGGUGGCCGCUACUUCUGCCGCGUGGAGUUCGCAGGCGACGUCCACGACCGCUACGAGAGCCGCCACGGCAUCCGGUUGCGCGUGACCGCGCCGCCGCGGAUCGUGAACAUCUCGGUACUGCCCGGCCCUGCGCACACCUUCCGCGCACUCUGCACUGCCGAAGGGGAGCCACCGCCAGCCCUCGCCUGGUCCGGCCCUACCAUGGGCAACCACUCCGCUGCCGUGCCAGGUCAGGGUCACGGCUAUCAAGUGUCUGCCGAGCUGCCCGCGCUGACCCACGACGGCCGCUACACGUGUACGGCAGCCAACAGCCUGGGCCGCGCCGAGGCCAGCGUGUACUUGUUCCGCUUCCGCGGCGCCACGGGGGUCUCGGCGAUGGCGAUGCUGCUGGGCGCGUUGGGCCUCAAGGUGCUGCUGCUGCUGGGAGUUUUGGCCUCUCACGCCGCCCGCCGACGCCUAGAGCACCAGAUUACCCAGGAGACCCCACCUCGGCCCCAGGCUCAAGAAUCCAGUUAUGAAAAUUUGAGCCAGAUGCACUCCCGAGGCCCACCAGCUGCCACAUGUUCCCCGUGA